AAGAAAGCCAUCGAAACCAUUGACAAGAAUAUUGUGAGGAAUGGCGUCACCGAUAGAGUUGUGUCCAAUCAAUCGGACGCCGCACUAUUUAUGGUGAAGAAUCGUAAUAUGAAGGAUAGGUUUUCGAUCAUCGAUCUCGACCCCUAUGGAAGCCCUUCUCCUUUCUUGGAUUCGGCGGUACAGUCGCUGGCAGAGGGAGGAAUGCUUAUGAUUACGUGCACUGAUAUGGCUGUUCUCUGCGGUAAUCACAGUGAGGUCUGUCACGCAAAAUAUGGCUCAAUUCCACUCCGAUCUAAAUCGUGUCACGAAAUGGCUUUGCGUAUAAUUAUCCGAAGCGUUGAAUCCCACGCCAAUAGAUAUGGCAGAUAUAUUGUGCCAUUGGUUUCAUUGAGCGUCGAUUUCUACGUCAGAAUAUUCUUACAAAUCUAUACCUCUCCUCACGAAGUGAAGAGAAGCGCCAGUAAACUAUCGUAUGUCUAUCAGUGCACAGGAUGUGAAUCCAUUGAAUUACAACCACUUAUUCAAAACAAAAGGCAUUCAGAAGAUAAUGCCUAUAACUUUAGCCCAACGGCACCCAAAGUUGGCCGAAAUUGCGAGCAUUGCGGACACACGUAUCAAAUGGGAGGUCCGAUUUGGUCGGCGCCCAUACAUUCCUCACAAUUCAUUAGUCAAUUGCAGAAACAAUUAUCCGAUUUUAAUGAACAAUCAUUUGUGACACACAAACGAAUGCAUGGAAUGCUUCAGGUGUUGAGCGAAGAGCUGAUCGAU